GACAUCACUAACUAGCCAGUUCCCUCCAGCAGCACCAGAGAGCUUCAUUUUCUGAUCUGCUUUUGUGUUAAAAUGGAGGCUGGCUCCUUGCCUUAAGUGGAUUGCCUUCCUGGUUAAGUUUAGAUGUUGACAUGCACUAAAGCUGGAAUCAGGAUGGUUGUGGAUGCACCUAAUUCCAAUGGGCCUUUCCAGCCAGUGGCUCUUAUGCACUUCAGAGACUGUGCUCCGGCGGAGCAGGAGAAGCUGUUUGUGCAGAAGCUGCGCCAGUGUUGCGUGCUCUUUGACUUCCUGUCGGACCCACUAAGUGACCUGAAAUGGAAGGAGGUGAAGCGGGCGGCGCUGAGCGAGAUGGUCGAGUACAUCACCCACAACAGGAACGUCAUCACAGAGCCCAUCUACCCUGAGGUGGUGCACAUGUUUGCGGUGAACAUGUUCCGAACGUUGCCUCCGUCGUCCAAUCCCACAGGAGCAGAGUUUGACCCGGAGGAGGACGAGCCUACACUUGAGGCUGCAUGGCCACAUCUCCAGCUCGUCUAUGAAUUUUUCCUUCGGUUUUUAGAAUCUCCCGACUUUCAACCGAACAUAGCAAAGAAGUACAUCGACCAAAAAUUUGUGAUGCAGCUUUUAGACCUGUUUGACAGUGAGGACCCACGGGAGAGGGACUUCCUCAAAACCACUCUCCACAGGAUCUAUGGGAAAUUCCUGGGACUACGGGCCUACAUCAGAAAACACAUCAAUAAUAUAUUUUAUAGGUUUAUCUAUGAGACCGAGCACCAUAAUGGAAUUGCAGAAUUACUGGAGAUACUCGGAAGUAUAAUCAAUGGGUUUGCCUUACCACUAAAAGAGGAGCACAAGAUUUUCCUGUUAAAGGUCCUGUUGCCUUUGCACAAAGUCAAAUCACUUAGUGUCUAUCAUCCACAGCUGGCAUACUGUGUUGUGCAAUUUCUAGAGAAGGACAGCACUCUCACUGAACCAGUGGUAAUGGCACUUCUCAAAUACUGGCCAAAGACUCACAGCCCCAAAGAGGUGAUGUUCCUCAAUGAGCUGGAGGAGAUUCUGGACGUCAUUGAGCCGUCUGAGUUCGUCAAGGUCAUGGAGCCACUCUUCAGGCAGCUGGCAAAGUGUGUGUCCAGCCCGCACUUCCAGGUAGCAGAGAGAGCUCUGUACUACUGGAACAAUGAGUACAUCAUGAGUCUAAUCAGCGACAAUGCAGCCAAAAUCCUACCCAUCAUGUUCCCGGCACUCUACCGUAACUCCAAGACCCACUGGAACAAGACCAUCCAUGGCCUCAUCUACAAUGCUCUCAAGCUCUUCAUGGAGAUGAACCAGAAGCUGUUUGAUGACUGCACACAGCAGUUCAGAGCAGAGAAAAAUAAAGAAAAGGCCAAGUCAAAAGAGAGGGAAGAGGCCUGGCUCAAGAUUGAGAACCUUGCCAAAUCCAAUCCACAUUGUCUUAUGUGUGUUGAUUCCACUGGCCUCAAUGGACCAGUAGCAAUGGAGUCUGAUGGUCCAUUAACCUUGGAAGAAGUUCACAGGUUAAAAAAGACAGUAACGGAAGAAGCCACUCAGUUACAACAGAGAGACCAGAGAAAAGACCGUCCUCUGGUGCGGCUCGAGUCGGAUCUCCCUCAGGACAUCUACACCGCAAAAGCCUUGGAGACCCAUCGCCGCGCCGAUGACAUGAUCACCACCCACAAUGGGCUCUAGGUCUGCCCCUCUCUCUUCUCUUCUGUCCAGUCCCCUAAAGGAGUACCCUCGCCCCUCCACACCCCACCUACCCACCCACACAGCACAUUCAGAAUACUGGCCCGGUUUCCCUAUCUUGCCAGUACACUGCCCCACCUCCCUCAGAUUUCUGCUUUCUCAGGUGUUUAUUUUGGGGGGAGGGGUGGGCCCGCAACUCUUUUAGCUGUCGGUCCUGCAGAGUCAUUGUUUUCCUUAUUGUUUCUGCUGAAUUGUGCAUAAAACAGUAUAUCGGCUCAUCCCUCCCUGCUCUUAUUGUACUAAUGAAAAUGGGGACGUUUCGUUCCACCUGCGACAUGACAAGCUCAUGUGAAAUGCACAACAAACGUAGAGAGCAGAAACUGAAUGAGGGAGACUUCUUUUCUUCUUCUGUUUUCUGUCAAGGGGAAACAACCAAAAACAGAUGGUUGGAUGGAGGGGUAGGACAGUUGGAUCGACUUUCCGGACUUUAUUUUUAUCCCAGGGACAUCUGCCAGUGCCAAGACCAUUUGUGUACUUUUUUUGUUUCUGCGUCUGCGUUUCUUGUUUUUAAUAAGCUGAAGAGCAACAGGGCUGUCUAAAGGGACUGAUCCAUCUGUUCUGAUGAAAUAACAUUGUGACAGGGAUUGAGAGAGGGAGGAAGGGAGGUUCUCUGUGGACACUGGACUCUUUACACUCUACAGUUUGUGUCAUAUAAAUGUUUUAUUUAGUCUUAUUUCCUUUCUCAUACCCAUCUGUUGAAUUCCAUCUGCAAUAUGUGAGCUGGAAAUUUCACAGUGAAAUAUUGAUAGUUCAAACAAUGGUACUUCUUAUUUCAUAUAGAGAAACACAUUGGGUGGUUGUUAGUUUCCACCCUGUUUGUCAUACUCAAAAGCCCCUCUUAGACAUUUCAACAUCUGUAGACAGUUUUUUACUGGAAUCACAUUAUGACACCUUACCUGGGGGUAUCACAUAAUGAGUAGUUAUUUGGGAUGCAAGAUUAUUUGUAUAUCAGUGAUUCUGCACAGCCUGACUGCAAUGUAGUCCAUCUUAAAUGCACAACCCACAGGGCACACUGGUUGAAUCAAUGUUUCCAUGUAAUUUCAAUGAAAUUAGGUUGAACCCAUGUGGAAUAGACGUUGAGUUGAUGAUCCAGGCUUCAGCAGUCCCAGAGCCACUUGCUAGUCAAGCAUUGACCUCCAUUAGUUUCAGAGGUACCCAUGAUAUCACAUGUCGUGUCCAUCUCGUACCCCCCCAGCGUGCUCACUAUUCCCCCUGUUGAUUUUCUUUUUUACCACCACCCUCUUAUCCAGAUUUGCU